AUGGACUCGGAAAAUGAAUGCGAAGAUGACAAGUUACGUACACAUAUUCGUGUUGGUGAUGAUCUGCCCUCUGAAAUUGUCCUUGAAAAUGAUGGAAAUGAAACUAUAAGGGAUGAGGACAACAAUAAUGGCACGAGCAAGGGCAAGUCUGAGUGGAAGCUCGUAAGUGAAGACGAAAAUGUUGAGCAACCUCAAAACUUUAUUAACAAGGAAAGACACAUUCGGCUUGGCCAAGGAGGUGCUAAAGUACUUCUAGACUAUUUGAAUAAGAUACAAGCAACUGAUAGUGGUUUCUACUUUGCAGUUGAUUCUGAUGAUGAUUCUAGGUUGAAAAAUGUGUUUUGGAUUGAUGCAACAAGUAGGGCAUCGUAUAAAAGUUUUGGGGAUGUCGUGACAUUUGACACGAUAUACUUGACUAACAAAUACGAAUUGGUUGAAUUGCAUGAACGGCCAAGCGCCGAUUGCAAUUAUAACAGAUCAAGAUCGGGCUAUGAAAAAUGCAAUUGCAAGAGUUUUCCCAGGAACCCGACACAGAUAUUGCCUAUGGUAGGAUGGCAAAGUCUACUAGAUCGUUAUGACCUUAAAGACCAUGAUUGGUUGCGCCGGUUAUAUAAUGAGCGGAUGUUUUGUGUAUCAGCAUAUCUGAAAGGUGUGUUUUGGGCUGGUAUGAGAACUACACAGCGGAGUGAAAGUAUGAAUGCCUUUUCCGAUGGCUAUGUGCGUCUGUCUACCACUUUGAAGCAAUUUGUUCACCAAUAUGAUGUUGCUUUGCGGAAGAAGGUUGAGAAUGAGAGUCUUGCAGAUUUCAAGUCUUUUAAUACUAAGCUUCCAUGUGAUAUGUGGCCACCUGAGCUAUUGGAACGACUAGUUAGCCAUUUUUGUGGUGUAAUGAUUCUGGGUGUUGAUAGUGAGAAGGUUACUAGUGGUUCUAAUGACUUCAAUUACUGUUGA